CUUCUUCUUCUUUAUUUUCUGCUUCCCUUUUUCCUCUCUGGCAGAGAUUCUAUCGUCUUCUUCCUCUCAAUUAAAUUUCCAUUAAAACAAACCCUCAAAUGCACUCCUUCCCUAUCUCUAUCACGCCUCCGCAUAUUCUUGUAACCAAAUGCUCCCCUUCUGUUUCAUUUCUCUGGCACCUUACCACAGUAGCCUAAAGAAGUUUUUUUUUGAUCCUAUAUACCCCUUAUCUCAUUUUUUCCCCAACUAUUUCGAAACUCCCCUCCCAAACUAUUUCUUUUUCCGUUUGCAUUUCUUCUAUUUCUUCCUUGUUGUUCACCUUUCUUUCUUUUUUAUUUGCCCGCACUUCCCAAUUUCCAGGAUUGGUGCAGUUUCUAUUUGGGGUUUUUGAUCAUCCCACCGCCACCAUUGUUUUUCUUUUGUUACUCUCUAGGGUUUCCUUCCCCCCUUUUUCCUUUUCCUGUUUCAAUUUUUUUGGUUUCCAGGGCCUUUUAUCCAGGUUUUGUAGAUGUUCUUAAUCGAGUAGAAAGAAAGAAAGCAAAAUAGUUACAUCUUGUUGUCGUUUUACCUUGAAAUUUCAUUGGAAUAUCCCCUUCUUUUUGGCAGUAUUUGCUGAAGUUUUCAUUUUCUUACUUCAGAAAUCUUAAUACAAUCUAGUAUAGUCACUUGAUUAAUUAAAAGAACAAAGAAACUUAAAGUAACUUCGAAGUUUCUACCUUUUCAUUUUAAAAUCAGAGAUUCUCCAGGACUAUUGAAACACAAUCCACUUCUUUCCCCAGACGGAAUUGUUUUCUUUUUUUAAAGAAUAAUAAAAAAAUUGUUUUUAGAUUGGUUGCAUUGUGGCGUGGCGUGGCGUUUGGGAGGGUUUAGAAAGUUGCUAGGGAAGAAAAGUGGUUUAGGAUUGCAUGGGAGAGCAUGAAGGGUGGGCGGCGCUGCAACCACCAAACGGUCUAUUGCCAAACGGUUUGUUACCGAACGAAGCAGCCUCCGUGAUUCAGAUGCUUGACUCGGAACGAUGGAUGAAGGCUGAGGAAAGAACCGCCGACCUCAUUGCCUGCAUUCAGCCCGAUGCACCCUCUGAAGGUCGCCGUAAUGAUGUUGCUGAUUACGUACAGCGCCUCAUCACCAAAUGCUUCCCUUGUCAGGUGUUUACUUUUGGGUCUGUGCCCCUUAAGACCUAUUUGCCUGAUGGGGAUAUUGACUUAAUGGCGUUCAGUAAGAAUCAAAAUUUGAAGGAUAUGUGGGCUCAUCAGGUUCGUGAUAUGCUGGAAAAUGAAGAAAAGAAUGAGAAUGCUGAAUUCCGAGUAAAAGAAGUUCAGUACAUUCAGGCCGAGGUGAAGAUAAUUAAGUGUCUUGUAGAAAAUAUUGUGGUAGAUAUUUCAUUUAAUCAGCUUGGUGGAUUAUGUACCCUUUGUUUCCUUGAAGAGGUUGAUAUUUUGAUAAAUCAGAACCAUUUGUUCAAGCGUAGCAUCAUACUGAUAAAAGCUUGGUGUUAUUAUGAGAGUCGUAUUUUGGGUGCUCAUCAUGGACUCAUCUCUACUUAUGCCUUGGAAACCUUGGUUCUUUACAUAUUCCAUGUUUUCAAUGAGUCCUUUUCUGGACCUCUUGAGGUCCUGUAUCGUUUUCUUGAGUUCUUUAGCAAGUUUGAUUGGGAAAAUUUCUGCGUUAGCCUCUGGGGUCCGGUUCCAAUCAGCUCACUUCCAGAAAUAACAGCAGAACCUCCUCGAAAGGAUGGUGGAGAGUUGUUACUCAGCAAAUAUUUUCUCGAUACUUGUAGUUCAAGAUAUGCUGUUUGCCAAGAAAAUCAGGGCCAACCAUUUGUUUCUAAACAUUUCAAUGUGAUCGAUCCUUUGCGUAUAAAUAACAACCUUGGACGUAGUGUUAGUAAAGGCAAUUUCUUUAGGAUACGCAGUGCAUUUUCCUUUGGGGCUAAAAAGUUGGCAAGAUUACUUGAUUGUCCCAAAGAGGACCUCUUUCAAGAAGUAAAUCAAUUCUUUAUGAAUACAUGGGAAAGGCAUGGCAGCGGCCAACGCCCUGACGCACCAAGGAAUGAUCUCUGGUGCUUGAGAUUAUCAAAGGAUGACCAAACUCAAGAAUCUAAGAAUGUCUGGAACAAUUCAAUCAGCAAAGUAAAUGAUAUUUCCUCAAGGCUUCAAACUCAAGGAUCAUGUAGUUUUUCCUCACAGCAUGUUAUUCAUCCAUCUGAAAGCACAACUAAGGUAAAUGAAAUAUCUACUGUGUCUUGCGCUCAGAGCCAAAAGGGUUAUGGUAGCAUUUGCAACUCAAAGACCUCUGAUCAGGUUAGAUGGGUUUCUAAUUCCAAUCAGAAUGUCCAUAGUAGUACAGGUCAGAAUAUUUCUAAAGCAGAGACAUCAGUGACUGAUGUUCGAGGAAGAUAUCUUUUUGCAAGGACAAGAUCUAGUCCUGAGCUUACUGAAACAUGUGGGGAAUUUACUUCUCAAGGAAGACAGAACGGAGUGCCAGAGAGUGGGAAAACCCAGAUUGCUUCUGUGAGGACAGAUAAGGAUCGGAGGAAGAAUAUGGAUUCUGAUAUGGUGGCAAGCUAUAACAUUAAAUCAUCAGGUGAUACUUCUUCAUCUGUUAGGUGCACUUCAACCCGUCAAAGCAUUGAUACUGCUGCUGAGCCAAACAGUCUUCUAAAUGGUUGCCAAGAUGAUUCAGGCUUGGGAAGCACUGGUCAGGACUUCUCUUCAAUUCUGGGGGCACAAGGAAUGCAUCAAGAAAAGCAAGAUCUGGUGAACAUGAUGCCAUCUUCUGCAGUUCAUGGCUUUAAUGGUCAGGUUCCUUUUCCAUUAAAUUUAGCUGCAGGUGACUUACCUUUUCCUAUCCAUUCUCUAUCAAUGGGAUAUGAUCAGAGAAAUUUGGGCAGACUUGUUCCUACAAAUAUAGAAAUGUUUCCCCAACGAUUGAUCUCUUGUCCUUUUGCCAAUUAUUUUUCUGGCAUUGGAUUACCCUCAAAUUCUGAGGAUCCACCUGGGGAAGUAGAACAUAAGUUAUGGCAUGAACAAGACAGGGGCGCCAAUGGUGGUUUUGAUCUUGAUAAUGGAAGUUUUGAAAUACUUCAGUCAGAUGAUAAGCAACUUUCUACUUCACCUAGAGUAGGCAGCUCAGAUAAUUCUACUAAAGUACAACACAAGUUUUCUGAAGAUAUUCAAGGAUCAACUAGGGAAGAUCAUAUAGAUGUUUGCCAAUAUCAAGAUAAUAGAGGGGGAGAUGUUUACUUUGAAGAAAAAAUUGUAAGUUCUAGACACUUAGCUGUUUCACAUGCUAGUUCAUACAGAAGUAAAACCUCAUCAGAAAGUUCUUUGGAAGGGUUAUCAGCUAAGAUCCCUAAGCCAUCUAAGGAGAAACGGGGUAGGAAAACAGCUGCUUCUGUGCUUCCUUCUGCUGCAUGUAGGAAAGGUAAGAUUGUAUCUGAGCAUUCCUCUCAGGCAGAUGAUGGCAGAGACUGGAAUUCACCAUCAAUACCUGGAACUGAAAUGGCUGAAAGAACUACUGGACCUCAGCUGGUUGGUUCUUUACCCGUUACAAAGCAUCAAAUUUCUGGAUAUGAGACAGCUCAGACAAAUGGCUCAGAUCCACUGAUACCUGUUGCUCUGUUCCCCUUAGGUCCAGGUUCAGGGAAAAGAACUACAGAUAAUUCUGGACUGUCCACCUUAGCCUUCACAAUAACAGGGCCACCGGUUCCAUUUUUGUUUUGCCCUUUUCACAACAUUCCAGCAGACACAGGAACUCCAGAAGCAUCUACAAGCCAUGUUAGUUGGGAUGAAGGUUCUGAGAACACUGAUUCUGGUCUAAAUUUCGAAUCAUCUGAGAGACUUGAUCAGUCUGAGGUGUUAAGUACUUCUAGUUCUAUGAGAAAGGUCAUGUCUCUUGAGCCAGCGGAGCAUAAAUCUGACAUUCUUAAUGGUGACAUUGCUAGCCAUUGGCAAAACUUGCAGUAUGGACGGUUUUGCCAAAAUUCACGAUUUUCUCCACCUAUGAUUUAUCCUUCACCUGUUGUGGUGCCACCCAUUUAUUUACAAGGUCAUUUCCCAUUAGAUGGUCCUGGGAGACCUCUUCCAUCUAAUCUGAGUCUUUCUCAACUUAUGAAUUAUGGACCUCGUAUUUUCCCUGUUGCUCCUCUCCAAUCUGUCUCAAGUAGACCUGCGAGUCUAUACCAACGGUAUGUUGAUGAGAUGCCAAGAUAUCGUAGUGGUACUGGGACAUACCUGCCAAAUCUCAAAGCUUCAAUGAGAGAACGUCAUUCUGCAAAUUCAAGGAGGGAAAAACAUAAUUAUGACAGAAAUGGCCAGCAGGGUGAUAGAGAAGGGAACUGGAAUGGCAAUUCAAAGUACCGAGCUGUUGGGCGUAGCCAAAGUCGCAAUCAGAAUGAAAAAUCAAAGUUCUCAUUUGACCAAUUGGCAGAUGUUGGUGGUGAAAGCAGAACUGAGAGGCCUUGUGGCUCACGUAGACAUGAUUCAUUUACAUCAUACCAGUCUCACAAUGGAUCAGUCCACUCAAACUCUUCACCAAGUAGUUCUGCUAACCUGCCAUAUGGCAUGUGCCCGCUGCCAGCUAUGAACCUCAAUGGGGUGUCAUCUAAUGGACCUCCCAUUCCAUCUGUUGUGAUGCUGUAUCCUUAUGAUCAUAAUUCUGCUUGUGGUUCCCCUGCUGAACCGCUAGACAAUGGCUCUCUUGGAACGAUGGGUUUCUCAGGUGUGAAUGAAGUAUCACAGCUAAGCAAUGGAAGGAGCUCUGGUGGAGUAUUUGACAAGCAAAUAUUUCAUGGUACCUCUGCUCAACGAUUUUAACCAGACCAGCCUUCUUCUCCCCACCUCCAAAGCAGGGGAUUUGGUUCUAUUGCCAGAUCAGCGGCCCAGAAGAUGGGGAUUCCCCCCACCCGCUUGCUUUUAACAUUUGCGGGAAGAAUUUGAUGAUGGUGGAACCCUAUGAAGAGGGAACCCCUCCUUAACACGCUUUUUUGUGUUCUCAAUCUCACUCAUGAAAGCAACAAGUGGUUUUUCUGAUUCAUUGAUUCCUAAUGGUUUUCUCGGAAAAUGGGUCACCCAUGUUUCUUGGCUUGUGCCCUUCUAUACAUAUACUAUGAACGAUGGAAAAUCUUUUGCUGAAGGUGCUCUAUAUUUUUUUAUGAAGACAUAACAGAGUAAUGAUGAGAGACUUAUAUGCAGGACUCGUAGGAUAGUUAAAAUUUAGGUUUCGAUACGUUGCAACUCAAAUAGGUGCUCCUCAGAAUUCAGUCAUUUUUAUAAAUUGCAAUUACUAGGAUUUCCCUUCCUCACAAAUGUAAUAGGAUUCGAUCAUUUUUUGAUUUCAUAAUUUCAUUACUAGCUUUCAUUGAA